UAAAUAAUGCCUCAACCCUAACCUUCUCCACUUUCUCUGCCCCCUCGCCGCCGCCGCCGCCGCCUAGGAUUGUCGCUGCCGGACACCAGAGAGCGCGGUUCCCGAGCAAGCCCUAGCCUCCCACGAUGGUGCUGCAGAACGACAUCGACCUGCUGAACCCGCCGGCGGAGCUCGAGAAGCUCAAGCACAAGAAGAAGCGCCUCGUCCAGUCCCCCAACUCCUUCUUCAUGGACGUCAAGUGCCAGGGCUGCUUCAACAUCACUACUGUGUUCAGCCAUUCCCAGACUGUUGUGGUGUGCCCAGGCUGCCAGACGGUGCUCUGCCAGCCAACGGGUGGCAAGGCCAGGCUAACCGAGGGUUGCUCCUUCCGUCGCAAGGGCGACUAAACCUGAGGCCAACUGGAAAAGCAAGCCGUUAUUGAACUGAGGUUUUUUCAAGGGUGUUGGUCUGAAAAUUUUGCAAUGUCGGCAAAGUGAACCCAUCUUUGGUAAUUUGAUAUCUAGCUGAAGCAAUAUUAUGACACUGUACUAUGUUCAGUUUGGGUUGUGAGAUCAGACUAGUAGUACCUGGCAAUAUAUGUGGUUGUCUUUGAUGAGUUUUUA